AUGACAAAUAUAGAGAAUACAACGAACAUACUUAUUCUACAAUCCGAAUCCGAAUCACCGUACAAUGCAUAUGAUGAUAAUAAAGACAUUAUAUGGCCUUCAGUUGUUGGUAUUUUCGUAACAUUAGCAUUAGGUUGGAUGAUAUGUCGUUAUAAAUGUUCAUCAAAAGAACGAUCACCACAUAGUGUACGAUGUUGUCCAAAAUCAUUAUGUAAAAAUAUUCGAUUAUGUUUUAUGUAUAUAUUUGGAAUGAAACAUGAUCAACAACUAGAUCUUGAUUCACGAAUAUCAACAAAUAAUAAUAAAACAAGAACAUCUGCCUAUAGUUUACAAGAAAUUCCAUUUCUUAUCGAUCAUUCAUUAAUGACUCGACCAUCUUUAUCACAAGUACAUCAACAAUGGCCACCACCAUUUAUUCUUAAUCAAUCACCUUCUUUUCCUUUGUCAAUAGCAGUUCAACCAACACCAACAGCAUUUCAACCAAAAAGACAUCCAUUACGUCGUGAAUCUACAUUAACUGGACUUAAUAACGAAAGACGAGAGUCAUCUUUGUGGCCAUUUCGUACGCUUACUGCAGUAUUCCACAGACAAACAAGUGAAAUCAAAGAAAACGAUCUCUUUCUUAGUUCUUGA